GGAGGAGGAGGAGGAGGAGGAGGAAGAUGAAUUUGGAGUAUUCAUGCAGGCAGAGGGAGAGCCAGCCUGGAGCGAAGGAUACACCAUGUCUGCCUCAGUGCCUUGUGGGAGCAGAGAGAGUGUUGCACCUGGAAACCACGCCAGCACCGGGGAGUCGACCCACUGGACCCCAGGCUGGAUGGACAGCUCAUUCCACCAAUCAGACGACACCUGGACAGCCUUUCCUCAGAAUUCGUCAGAUGAAGGUCGGGACAUGGUGGGACGGUGGUGGCCAACCAGCGCUGUAGAGGAGAGCAGAGACAGGCUCUCAACUAACCAGAAUCUGGCGUCUGUCUUUGCUGAAGCCUUCCCGUCCUUGCCUGGUUUGUCCUCAAGUGACCCUUGUGACCUCGAUACUGUUCCCACACUGACCCAGCUCCUCAGGGGCAAAGCCAGCCAGGACCAGGGGCUGUUGGACAGUUUCCAUGACUUGAACAAAAUGAUUUGCCAGCGAUACAAGAGAGCGGAUGGUGUGUCUCGUGACCUGCUGCUGAGGACUUUACACCUGGAGCAGCCGCACACUGAAAGCAGACCUGCUCCCUGGACAGCCAAUCGCCGUCUCUCCCCUGGCCUCCCAUCAGCCAAUCAGCAUGCUCAGAACGCUGCCGCUAAGAGACGGCUGUCAUAUGACUACAACAGAAACAUCAUGGAGUAAGCGCACAGCUAAGCUCUGGUUGGACUGUGAUUCAUAAACAUUUAUCUGAGGAACUGCAGACCGGACUAACACAGGUUUCUCAAGACUCUGGAUUGACAACGUGUAUACUAUCUGCUCGUCAAAUACUGACAGACCUUUUGACUCUUUGCACACUUCCUGGUUAUUUAAGCCUGAGCCGGUGAGAAGACGUAACCUGAAUGAAAACGGAGCCACAGUUGUGUUUCAGAAGUUGUCUCCUCCAGCUCCUGUUGAAUACUGGAGUGUUUCCAUUACACAUGUGCCACCUUGUUCACCACCACUACCCUCCGAUUUUAAUUUUCCUUUUCAACCCUGAUAACAGGAAGGUGUCAAAGACUGUUUGGAGUGCAAUGACCUGCAGUGAGAAGGUACUCAUGAUGAAAAAGGAGUCAGGAACAUUGUCAUGUCACCACAUCAAGGAAGUUUUUCUUCCUGUUAUUUUAUUAUCUCUGAUUUCAGUGUGUAGGAUUUAGGGGGAUAUACUGGCAGAAAUGGUAUACAAUAUAAUAAGUAUGUUUUCUUCAGAGUAUAAUCGCCUGAAAAGACGAAUCAUUGUGUUGUCGUUACCUUAAAAUAAGCUGUUUACAUCUACAUAUUAAGCAGAACGGACAAAAAACAAACAAACACUGGCUCUAGAUAGGGCCAUUUGUGUCAGCCAUUAUAGGUAAAAGACCCUCCACGUCAAGCAGCACAGGAGAGACAGAUUUUUUUACAUGCAGCUGUUUUACUCAGUGUUUUUACUGGUUUUAAUCAUCUGAUCUGUUUGUUUUUGAGAGGAAGAGACCUCUGCAGAUAAUUUGACUCGCAAUAAAAACCUCCUUAAUGUCUGGAUCUUAAGGUAUUUGAGGAAAUAGGUGAGCACACAUUGGCAGGUUCUGCAAUGAGCCAGACAGCGUCGGAGAAACUGAUUAGUAACGUGAAACUGUUUCUUUCAGUGUUUUUACCAGUUUUAAUCACCUGAUCCGUUUGUUUUGGAGAGGAAGAGACCUCUGCGGAUGAUUGAGCUCCAGGUCAAAAUCUCCUUAACACUGAACACUGAAGGAAUCCUAACUGGGACUUGGCACUCAGGAGAAGUUUUAGCUGGUUGUGUUCUGCAAUCCUCACUGCCAGAUGCCACCGAAUCCUACACACUGCUCCCUUAAAAUGGACAUAAAUAGAAAUUGUCUCAUUGUUUGAAUUCAAUCUUAAUGGGUUGAGCCAAACAAAAACACUGGCUUGCAAGGAAUGAAUGGUUAAAAAUAAAAAUUACAUCAUUUUGGAAGGUAAAAGGUAUUUUGGCAAAUAAUUCGUCCCCACUCAUAUCUUUUUCUUUUGCAAAAGAUGAGGUGGUUUUUUUUAUCCAGAAUAUUGUCUUGGUAGCUCCACCAGGGUUGUCUAAUUCAACCAAUAAGAUUUGUUCUUCUUUUAGAGUAGUGGUUCUCAGCCAGGGGUCUGGGGGCACCCAGGGGCUCUUGAUGAGGUUCAAGGGGAUCCCCAGAAAAAUGGGGAAUAGUUUAUUUUCACUACUUUAUUCACUAUAGAAGUGAGCCCAGUGUGAGUACAAGUCAAAAUUACUUGUGAUCAUUUGGUUUCACUUUUCUCACAGUUUUCUCCUAUAGAAUUCUGGUUUUAAUCUUAAUCUUAAUCUCUAAAUUGCCAGCUCAUUACUCCGUCUCUAUCUUCAGUCUGACAUUGCAUCCGCUCAAACAAAUUUCUGUGGGAGAAUCUAUCUUGUCUACAGCGCUUGCAGUUGUUCCAGAGCUCUGCUUGACAACGGCGUUAGUCCUGCCCAUGGUGCUGACUGGCUAAUUAGAGUACCCCUGUGGUGCUCAUUGGUUGUUUUUAAUUUCAACAAAGGACCCACUGUUUCAUGUCACAAUGCCAGAUAAAUCAGUCAGCACGAUGGAGAGGGCGGAUUCAAAGGUCUUUUCCCAGGCAAGUCUUAAUCAUAUCUACCAACCAAAAUCUUUUCAGAUGGAGGUCCUUUAAGCAAAAUCUAAUCAAAUGUGGAUAUGUGACCUAAUGAUUAUCAAUUUAGAGGUCCUUGAUACAUAAAAUGUUAAGAACCACAGGUCUAGAACAGCUCUGCCAGAAAGUUUGUAGAACUGAUAUUGUGUUCAUGUCAUAUGGAAAUGAAAGAAAGCAAUAAGAGCAAAGAUCUUUUGUUACAACUAGAAAUCAUUGAAAUUAUCAGACAGUUCAAGAUGACAGUUGCCAACAUUACUGAUAAUGAAGUUGCACACUGAAAUAAUAGUUAUUUAGCACUGAAUCAUUUGGGGCUUCAAAAAAGAAAAGAAAAUAAUUGAUAUUUGCCACAAUAGGGCUGAAUUAGUCCUAGUGAAGGAGGAAAUCAUGUUUGCUUUUUGAGCUCCUCUGUGCCAUUCAGUGCCAGGUUGGAUAUAUUGGAGCAUUCUGAAAAACUGCAUUUAAAGCUACAUUUACAAAUACAGCAACAUAAAGCUUCCGUCUGCCUCCAAAAAAUGAUGUUUUUGUUUUGUUGGAGAAAAAACAGGCAGUAAUAUAAUGCUCUUUUUUGUCACUCCAUUAACAUGGUGGCUUGACCUUGUAACUGCAGGAAAUCUUUAUUCAAACAUGUCAUAACAUCUCAACUCCUUACAACAAAAACCUGCGGUGUAGACGGCUGAAUGGACGCCAGUAUAUCUCUAUAGAUCUUAGCAUCAGCUGGAUGCAGAAGUCGAAGCUCAUUUUUCCCUAUCUUGUUUUUGAACUAUAAAACUACCAGGAAGUCAUGUGAUCCCACUGGAGAGCAAAAUAAAGCAUUGAUUUUACUUGCAGAAUGCUAAAAAUGGGUCCAGAUGGGAAGAGUCUUAAAAUUUUCCAUUACAUUUUGCAAAGUGAUGCAUGUGCUUUCAUUGUGUAUAUGCUACAUAAAAAAGCCAAUGUCAGGAAUGAAUCUUAAAGUUAUUUUGGUUCCUGAGAGAAACAAGUUUGUCUUCCAGUCAGUGCCAACAGGAACACCAAUGAAAGUGCCAAUGUUUACGAGGUAACUGAAGCAAAGCAGACACAUUCAGGAGGAAAUGUCGCCUCUCGUUUCUCAGACAUGCUGAAGUGGACUCAAACAAAAAUUUUGGCAUGUGAUGUUUCUCUUUUUCCUUUGUCUUUCUGUCUGGCUUCCAGUCUGCCUCUCUCUCUUCAGUACACUCACAGCUGAGUCCACUUCACGGGCAAAACUUGAAUCUAGCUGCCAAUCAAAACUAUGUUUUUCAUGAGACUAUUGUUCACAUUAUGACCAUGUCAAUGAUGCACUGGACAUUUUUAAUUUAGACAUACUAUUACAUAUUAUCACCUCAGAGGGUUUAUUUCGCUCUAUGUUGUAUAUUUCACUUGUCAGCUCAAUCAUUUGUGAUGAUAUUCAGAAACAAUCGUAUGUGUCUGUGUGUGUCUGCCAUUUGUACAAACUACAAAUUGCUGAAAAAGAUUAAUAUUUUCUGAUCUGUUUAAAUGAGGGAGAAGGAGUUGUCGCCUUGUUAACUGAUGUAAUAAAAUGAUACUGUGUGAUGGCUGACUA